CUGUCACACUUGUCACACUUCUGUUUGUCUUCCUCGACCAUGCGCCGCCAUCCGUUCCUCUCGCUCUGCUUUCUUUCGCUCUCCUUUGCUGUCGUCAAUGCUCUCCAUUUCUAUCUCGACGCCAACGAAAAGCGCUGUUUCAUUGAGGAGCUGCCAACGGACACUGUUGUCGAGGGUCAUUAUCGUGCCCUCGAGUGGUCAGAGCCCCAGCAGACGUACAUAAAUGACGAUAAACUUGGAAUACACGUUGAUGUUGAAGAAGUAGAAAGCGGUGACUCCGUUGUUAGAACAAAAGGCCCCUCCGAAGGCCGCUUCACGUUCACCUCCCACGAUGCAGGAGACCAUUCUAUCUGUCUCUCGACCAACUACACGUCCUGGUUUUCCAGUACCCAUAUUCGCCUUUACCUUGACAUCGUCGUCGGCAAGACGAAGGGCAACAUAGAGCAAGAUAGAUCACAUGUUUCCGAGCUUGCAGCUAAAGUACGCGACUUGAACCAAAAACUCGAGGACAUUCGACGGGAGCAAGCAGCGGAUUAUAGGAAUCUUAGCGAGGCCACCAAUGCGCGGGCCGUAUGGUACAGUGUGGCUCAGAUAAUGGUUUUAAUUCUUACUUGUGCAUGGCAGCUGCGGCAUCUCAAGCGUUUCUUCGAAGACAGGCAAAUGCGGUAG